UGCAAGCCAUGGCAAAGCUUGGAGCUCUUGUAGCGUUCUUCCCCUUCUUGGUUGCUCCCUUUCUUGCUCGUGAACUUCCUCCAGUUGCUACACAUCUUAACAAUGCUACUGGAGAUUCUCAUUCCAAGCUCAAGGGCGAGGACAAUUACUUUGCACUGGUAAUCUACUACACCGAAGGUCCCUUGACGCUCUACGUCGCAAACUCGUGGCUUGGAUAUGGGAAAUGGGUCCGUGGAAAGAACGAUUUCACGGAGAUUGGAUCUCCCAAUGGUCUCACCAUGACAGCGUGGGGCGAGUACCACAUCACUGCGAGUGGGAGGAGCUGGUCUCCCACUGGUACCGAGGGCUCCUUUGAUGUUUACUCGAGCGAUGGUCAGAGGGUCUUGUAUGUCUACUGGGACGUUGUUUACGCUGGAAUGGGGGAAUGGAAAAGAACCGUGUUUGAUAGCCGGUUCCAGGCGACGGCGACAAGGAUUGGGGAAUCUCAUCUGGACGUGACUCUAGUGAUCAAGUCCGUUGCCGGUGAAGCUAUUGCUUGAAAGCGGAUCUAUCCAUCUAAAUAAACUUUUCCUGGUGUUUUAAUUGUC